GCCAUGCUAAUGAGGACGGCCCGCGGCGCGGGCCCAACGCCGGAGGCUGCAGGCUGCAGCGGGCUGGGCUGGCUGGCCGAGGCGAUGGCUGGAGCGCUGGCAGGGCUUGCGGAGGGCUUCCCCGGGCCGCGCGCAGAGCCGGCUCCGGACUCGGACUCGGACACUGACUCGGAGGGGCCGAGUCCUCGGCGCGGGGCCGCCUCGCUUCUCCGCUCGCCACAGGUCAUCCACAGCGGCCACUUCAUGGUGUCGUCGCCUCACAGCGACGCGGUGCCCCGGCGCGGCGCCCAGGAAGGGCCCGUGGGGCCCGGGGACUUUGGGCCGCGCAGCAUUGACCCCACGCUCACCCGCCUCUUCGAGUGCAUGAGCCUGGCCUACAGCGGGAAACUGGUGUCUCCCAAGUGGAAGAACUUCAAAGGCCUGAAGCUACUCUGCAGGGACAAGAUUCGUCUCAACAACGCAAUCUGGAGGGCCUGGUACAUCCAGUAUGUCCAGCGGAGGAAGAGCCCCGUCUGUGGCUUCGUGACCCCUCUGCAGGGGUCUGAAGCCGAUGAGCACCGGAAACCAGAGGCCGUGGUGCUGGAGGGAAAUUACUGGAAGCGGAGGAUUGAGGUGGUCAUGCGAGAAUAUCACAAGUGGCGAAUUUACUACAAGAAGCGGCUCCGCAAAUCCAGCAGGGAAGGGGACUUCUUGGCCCCUAAGCAGGCGGAGGGGGGGUGGAGGCCACCAGAACGAUGGUGCGAGCAGCUCUUCUCCAGUGUGGUACCAGUGCUGCUGGGGGGGCCCGAAGAAGAGCCAGGGGGCCGGCAGCUCCUCGACCUGGACUGCUUCCUGUCCGACAUCUCCGACACACUGUUCACCAUGACUCAGCCCAGUCCUGCCCCACUUCAGCUGCCCCCUGAUGAUGCCUACAUUGGCAAUGCUGACAUGAUCCAACCAGACCUGACCCCCCUGCAGCCCAGCCUGGACGACUUCAUGGAUAUUUCAGAGUUCUUCACCAACCACCGGCCCCCAUCAACACCUGUGAGCUUCCCAGAGCCCCCCAGUUUUAGCCCAAUGGCUGACCCUCUGUUUAGUGGCGGGUUCCUGACACCAGAAUCUCAGGCUGCCCCCCCAGGGGUGCCCCUUCUCCUGGGCAGCCGACUACCGGCUCGGAGCAGCUGCUCUGGACCCCUGGACUCACCUGCUUUCCUGAGCCCCGACUUCCUCCUGCCAGAAGACCCCAAGCCCAAACCCCCCCAGGCCCUCCUCCAUUUCCCACCUCCUACCAAGGUGCCAGGCCUCGAGCCUUGCCCCGCUCCCCCCUUCUCCUCCCUGGCCCCUUCCACCCUCCUGAUGCAAGAGGACUGCCUGUACCCCGCCAGGUUUCCCUUCCCUAGCGCAGCCCCCCCUUCAGCAGUCUCCCCACUCCCCACCCCCCGCCCCUUCCCCCCAACCCCCCACUCCAGCACUGUCCCCUCCCCAUCCUCCUUCCCCCUGGAGCUCCUCCCUUCAGGGUACUCGGACCCGGGCUGUGGGCCCCAGUUUGCCAUGCCCCGUCCACGGCCCAAAGGCAAGCCUCCUGCAGCGGCCCCUCGGGUGCACAGGCCCAGCCCUGCAGCCUUGGCCGGAGGGUCCAACCCCUGCCUCACGCAGCUGCUCACGGCCCCGAAACCGGAGCAGCCGCUGGAGCCACCCUCGAGCGCCGACCUCAGGCCUUCCGGACCCCUGAAGCCGGGACCCCCCGACUUUCCCUGUGCCUUCUUCUCCCCGCCACCGGCUCAGCCCCAGCCCCAGCCCGCCUUGACCCCUGCCACGCUGGCUCCUCCCGGGCCCCUCCUGGUCCCCAAAGCGGAGCGGCUGUCCCCCCCAGCACCCGGGAAUGAGCGACGUCUGUCUGGGGAGCUGCCCCCCCUGCCCGGGCCAAUGGGGCUCGGCACCCGGAUCUCGCCCCCACAGCCCGCUCUGGGCAGAGGACGCCCAGACAACAAGACGGAGAACCGCCGCAUCACCCACAUCUCAGCGGAGCAGAAACGCCGCUUCAACAUCAAGCUGGGCUUCGACACUCUGCACGGGCUGGUGAGCACACUCAGUGCCCAGCCCAGCCUCAAGGUGAGCAAGGCCACGACCCUGCAGAAGACGGCGGAGUACAUCGUGAUGCUGCAGCAGGAGCGGGCCGCCAUGCAGGAGGAGGCCCAGCACCUGCGGGACCAGAUCGAGGAGCUCAACACGGCCAUCAACCUCUGCCAGCAGCAGCUGCCUGCCACAGGGGUGCCCAUCACCCACCAGCGCUUCGACCAGAUGAGGGACAUGUUCGAUGACUACGUCCGGACUCGAACCCUGCACAACUGGAAAUUCUGGGUCUUCAGCAUACUUAUCCGGCCUCUGUUUGAGUCCUUCAAUGGGAUGGUGUCCACAGCAAGUCUCCACAGCUUACGGCAGACUUCACUGGCCUGGCUGGACCAGUACUGUUCUCUGCCUGCCCUGCGCCCUACCGUCCUGAGCUCCCUCCGCCAGCUGAGCACCUCUACCUGCAUCCUGACAGACCCUGCCCGUGUCCCUGAACAGGCUACUCGAGCUGUCACAGAGGGCAACCUCAGUAACCCCUCCUAGGGACCUAGAGGCCAGCCUGGCACAAUCUAAGUUAUAGACCUCCGCCCUCACCUUGGGAAUCCCCACCCUAUCCCCCAUCCUGUGUUCCUCAGGUGUCAGACCCAGAAUCCUUCUGUCAGAACAUGGGGGCAGAUAUACCCAGGAUCAUAACCCAACAGCUACACCAGCCUUGAUAGAGGGGAAGCAAACCCCAGGGAGAAAGAGGACUUUAGGGAACAGGAAGCAGAGAGAUAACCGAACUCCUUGUCUGGCCUCAUGCCCUGCUUCCCUCCGCCAGAAAAGUAUCUUAUCCAUGAUACCCAGACAUGGAGAAAUUACAAGUGGGCAUCUCAUCAAGAUGUCAUUCGAUAUCCCUCAGCGCCCUACCCUUUGUCCUCCCCCCUCUGCCAACCUCUCACCACAGCCAUGCUUCAUUUCAGCCCCCAAAUGGGAAUCAUUCCAGGGGAAGAAGUGAAGAUUUAUUUGUAUUGGACAGGGGGAGGGGAGGGAGAGGUCUGGUAUCCUAAGCCUUUAGUUCCCUCCAAGCAGCUGAGUGGUCCUUGCCCCCCAGGCUGGAAAGUUGGAGGGAGCCCUGACCACAGCAAACUACAAUCUGCCUCUGCCUCUCUACUAGAAGUAGGUCCAGUGGAGGGGAGGAUGCCCAGAAGGCAGCGGUUACUCUCUCAUUUCGCCUCUGAAGCAGUUCUGUGCCAGAGAAAAGCACUGGACUUCAAGAGAGGCAUCCCGAGUUCCAUCACAGUUCUGUUAAGAAUUUUCUCUGUGGAAAAGUCUCUUGCUCUCUAUGAGCCUCAGUUUCUUCUGCUGUAAAAUAUAGGUGCUGGCCUAAUGCUAUCCAAGGUGCUGCUCUCUUUUCUAAGCUGGGAGCCAAGGGAGUUUUGGAGAAGCAAGGAGCAGAAAGAAGGGCAUGGACUAGGGUAGGGUCCCCAGGGCUCACAGUGAUGAAGAUCCUCUGCUCACGUGGCCUCCUCCCCUCUCUUCCUACUCCAGGCAGGCCUCCCAGUCCUAGGAUGGACAAGGAUUUCCUUCUUGUUCCCUCCCCUCUGGUUCUUUCCACCUAAAGUGACAUCUCUGAGUCCAGGAGGGAGCCCCCCAGCUGAUGUCUCAGGAGCCUCUCCUCACCCCCAUUUUCUUUCCUGGCAUUCACCAUCAUCAAUGGCCAGGAGCCAAAGGGAUUGGGCUAAGGAGAUAAAAUUGGGAGAGUUUGGCCUAAGUGAGGGUCCCUGUUCACCAGAGGAGCAGCAGGUAGAACAGGCAUCUUUCUGGUGGGAGUGGAUUUUCUGAAGAAUUCAUGUCCAAUAAAAAGAGAGACAGAGAGAGACAGAGAGAGAGAGACUCUGCCAAGACUUUGCUCCGCCUCCUCUUGUUCUUUCUUAGGUCAAGCAAAGGCUCUCACUCCACAAGUCUGUUCAAGGCUGGCUGCAUUUCUGCUUGCAGAAACCCUUUGUCUUCCCACAAAAUCUAUCUUUAAAAAAAUUUUUUCGUACU